AUGAGCGAGUUCAAGUCGACCCAGUACUUCAAGCAGAUUUCGGACGGCAUCAAUGGCUUCUCUGAUGCUGAGAAGAAGGACCUGCAGAAGAAGACCAACGCUGUCUUUGAGUUUCACGUGAAGAACAAGGGCGGCGAGGAGCUCGUCCAGACCAUCGAUCUGAAGAAGGACGUGUCUGUCUACGAGGGCAAGGCGAAGGGCAAGGCUGACUGCAUUAUCAACCUGGCCGAUGAGACCUUUGCUGAUCUGGCUGAUGGCAAGAUCAAUGGCCAGAAGGCUUUCAUGGGCGGCAAGCUUAAGGUCAAGGGCAACAUCAUGCUGGCCACCAAGCUCGAUGCUGUGCUCAAAGCCCAGAAGUCUAAGCUGUAA